ACAUAAAAAGUUAGAUUACAUUCCAUUACGUAAACAAUGAUGAAUGACCACCCAUCUACAACCCAAUCCAUAAUCAUGGAUGCCCUUUCUACACUUUCUUCAUCACAACUUUCCACCCUUUCACACUCCCUUUCUUCCACUUUCCACCGCCAUAACCACCACCUUGCUACCCUCCUAACUUCUCCACCCCUUUUCAUACACACCUUAAACCAUCUUUACUCCCUUUCCCUCCCUCAAAAAUCCCUCCUUAUUGCUCGCCACCUCCUCUCCUUCCUCCGCCUUCUUACACCCUUCUUUUCCUCCUCCUUCCCUUCCUCAACCUCGAAUCGAGUUCGACUUUGCGAUCUCGAUUCGGUUCUCUUACUCUUAUUCUUUUGUGAAGUUCGUCAACACCACCCAACAAUAUUAGACACACACCCUACACAUUGGCAAACAACCUUACAGCAUUAUAAAUUUGGCUCUGAUACCAUGUUAUGUUUAUCGACUCUUACAAUCACUCCUUACCAAACUCUUGGAGCUUACAUUGAUUUGAUAGUAAAAUGCAGGAGAUUUGUUAGGUCUAAAGGCUGUAGCAAUGGUAGAAAAGAGGUGGCCACCGCGGUGGAAACUGUGGUGGCGCUACCCUCCAUGGAGGUUCCUAUUGGUGGAUUGGAGUGUGUGAUUUGUAAAGAGGAAAUGAAACAAGGAAGGGAUGUUUGUCAAUUGCCUUGCCAACAUUUGUUUCAUUGGAUGUGUGUAUUGCCUUGGCUUAGUAAAAGAAACACUUGCCCUUGUUGUAGGUUUUUGCUGCCUACCGAUGAUGUGUAUGGUGAGAUUGAAAGGUGUUGGGAUACUAUUGUUAAAGUUGGGUUCCAACGGAGUUGUUAGGAAUAUAGGCUCGAAUCUGCCUAGGUUAUGACGCGUAUUAUUUGAUUAAAAGUUCUAUCAAUAUUGAAUAUGAAUAUUCGUCCCAUCUUAUACAAAUAUGUUGAAUCAAGAGCCAAUUCCGAAAACAUUGAUGAUGACUUUGAAUCUCGUAGCUCAUGCCAUGUCUUGCACAAUUGAUAGUGGUGUGGGGUGUGCCGUGGGAUAUGGAAGUUUAUGUUUUGGAUCACUUGAUGAAGUGAUCAAAGUGGGAGACUUUGUGUGUCUUAAUGAAGGCAAGGGAUGAAGAUGGGGAGGCUUUGAAGAUGGCUCAGGUGAUCGAGCACGUAUGGCUCGGUCGAGCCACAAAGCAGAAUCAAUCCAGUAGCUGUAGGGACUCGCUCGACAGGUCGAGCGACUCCCAGAUCGUGAAUCAUAAUGUGUUUCUGUUUUAUGUUUGGUUUUGUGGGCCUUUUAAGGCUUUUGUCCUAGGUUUGUCUAAUGUGUUUUAGGGCUACAUAAGGAGUCUUGGAACAUCAUUAGAGUGUUGAGAGAGGCAUAUACAAGAUUGAAAAGUUAGGAUUUACAUUAUAAGAGUUCUUCAUCCUUGUUUAUGCAUAUUGUGUGAGAUUGAGUUAAACUUUCAAUCUUUGCUUUAAGAGGCUGUUCUUAAAGCUUGUAAGGUGAGUCAUUAAUGUAUUGUUGAGUAUAUUAGUGAUAAGAUACUUGUUU